ACCUGCGUUUUUCCUCUAGUGCGUAAACUCUGCGUUCGUGACAUUUUGCGCCUGCUGCUGGUGGUGUGUCACGACUCAGUCUCGGGUUCCCCCCUUAUACAAAGUGAACACUAGGGUAGCUCAUGAAUGCAACUUGAUGAAGCAGCAAUACACUUUUCUGUGAAUGGACCUGUUGGCGGUAUCAGGCUCGGUAGUGAAAGUGCUGCAGUGGAGAGGAGCGCGUGCGCAGUGACAGGAUUAAAUCCGGUUAUAUAAAGAAGAUAACGGGAUGAGCAGCCUGUGCAUUAUGGCAGUAUUGUUUCAAGGUGCUCAUUUAGUUAACAAGAUGCUACCCUAAUACAACAGCUCCUUUUGUGUCUGAGGUUUUAAGUAAACGCUAUUUCACUUUGCAUAUGGACUGUCGAACGCUCCGCCCGAGGCAGUGCAUGACGCUACAAGUUAAUUCUGGGGUUUAUGUUUCUUCAUGUGAAGGAGGGCUUGAGCGAGAGCCCGCCCUCACAGGUUUUGGUAUUUGCUUGCCUUGCUCAGUGAGAGAGGCUUUACACGCAAAUGAAACACGGAAUAGCCGAUUUUAGUGCCCUGCGGAACUGCGCGAAGGGAAGCAGCAAAAAUGAUCUAACCGAGCUAAACACGCAGUUUGUGGAGGAUUUCUCGAUGGUUUCCUCCAAUAACCUGGUGGUGAGUCGUCACUGACGCUUGCCACGCAGCAAGAGAAACACAGAAGGUCCUGAAACCAAGCGGUUCUUGCGAUGCCACCCUCGGAUGCAGAGCCGGGCAUGAGCGGAGGCACGUCGGUUGCAGCCCCGGCCUUACUUAUCCAUUCACCCGGUGAACGCGCAGUGAGUGUGCUGUGGUCUUUCGGAAAAUGCCUGGGUGCUCUCCUACCAGUGUACCUGGCCGGGUAUUACGGCUUCAGCAUCAGCGUGGUCCUGUUCGGGCUGAUGAUCUACAUGGGAUGGAAACACAGUCGACUGGAGAAAGUGAUGAGGCUGAAAUCUGCCAUGUAUCUAUUGGAGAACGAGAGGGCAUUCACAACUGAGAAGGUUUUUAGGACCAAACGGGAUUUGCCUCCAUGGGUCAACUUUCCUGAUGUGGAAAAAGUGGAGUGGCUGAACAAGAUCUUGCAGCAGGCUUGGCCCUUCAUAGGCCAGUACCUGGAGAAGCUGCUGGUGGAAACCAUCGCUCCUGCCAUCCGCACCUCCAGCAUUCAUCUUCAGACCCUCAGCUUCACCAAGAUCAACAUUGGAGACAAGGCUCUGAAGGUGGUUGGUGUGAAGGCUCACACAGAACACGAUAAGAGACAAGUGAUGUUGGAUUUGUACCUCAGUUAUGCAGGUGACGUUGAGAUCAAUGUAGAAAUCAAAAAGUACUUUUGCAAAGCUGGAGUGAAAGGAAUACAGCUUCAUGGGAAGCUGCGCGUGAUCCUGGAGCCCCUGAUUGGAGACGUUCCACUAAUUGGAGCAAUCACAAUGUUUUUCAUCCGCAGGCCUAAACUAGACAUCAACUGGACUGGGCUGACCAACCUGUUGGAUAUCCCAGGACUCAAUGCCAUGUCGGACACUAUGAUAAUGGAUGCAAUAGCCUCCCACCUGGUGCUCCCCAACCGUCUCACUGUUCCCCUGGUGGCCGACCUGCACGUUGCGCAGCUCCGCUCCCCUCUCCCAAGGGGCGUUGUGCGUAUCCACCUGCUGGAGGCUGAGGACCUGACUGCCAAGGAUACCGUCAUCAAAGGUUUAAUCGAUGGAAAGUCAGACCCUUACGCAGUCCUCCGUGUUGGAACUCAGAUCUUCACAUCUCAUCACGUGGACAGCAACCUGAACCCACAGUGGAGGGAGAUGUACGAGGUGAUUGUCCAUGAAGUACCUGGUCAGGAGUUGGAGGUGGAGGUGUUUGACAAAGACCCAGACCAGGAUGACUUCCUGGGCAGGGUAAAGGUGGAUCUUGAUAUUGUUAAGAAGGCCAGAGUUGUGGACGACUGGUUUAAUCUGAAGGACGUCACAUCUGGCAGUGUCCACCUCCGGCUGGAGUGGCUCUCUCUGCUGUCCUCUGCUGACAGACUGAGUGAGGUGAUCCAGAAGAACCAGAACUUGACCACUAAAACAGCUGAUCCUCCUUCUGCCGCCAUCCUAGCCAUCUACCUUGAUCAAGCUCAUGCUCUGCCUAUGAGAAAAGGCAACAAGGACCCGAGCCCAAUGGUGCAGAUUUCCAUCCAGGAUGCCACUAAGGAGAGCAAGACCUGCUACGGUACCAACCAACCUGUGUGGGAGGAUGCCUUCACCUUCUUUAUUCAGGAUCCUCGUAAACAAGACAUUGACAUUCAGGUGAAAGAUGAUGACCGUGCUCUUUCCCUGGGCAGUCUGUCCAUCCCUCUGACCCGGAUUCUGGCGACACCUGAGCUCACCAUGGACCAGUGGUUCCAGCUGGAAAAUUCUGGUUCUGCCAGCCGCAUCUACGUCAAAAUUGUGCUUCGGGUUUUGUGGCUAAGUGAUGAUGCAACUCCUACAACUCCCUCCCCUCGUCCCUUACCAUCUGGGUCUGGCACGGGUCAGGGGGGAAUCACAUCAGAGCUGAACCCUAUGGGACCUGGUGGGCUAGCUAAACCUCCGCCAGCACGACCACAACAUACCACGCCCGACCCUGAGUUUGCAACUGAGGGAGUUCUGCGAAUCCAUCUGGUGGAGGCCCAAAACCUGAUAGCGAAGGACAACUUCAUGGGGGGCAUGGUGAAGGGAAAGAGUGACCCGUAUGUCAAGAUCCGUGUGGCUGGUAUCACUUAUCGUAGUCACACCAUCAAAGAGAACCUCAACCCGGUCUGGAAUGAACUCUACGAGGUUAUUUUGACUCAGCUUCCUGGUCAGGAGAUCCAAUUUGAACUCUUUGAUAAGGACAUUGAUCAGGAUGACUUCCUGGGAAGGUUCAAGCUCAACUUGCGUGAUAUCAUCAGUGGACAGUUCAUCGAUACGUGGUACACUCUGAAUGAUGUGAAGUCAGGCCGUGUUCACCUGGUGCUAGAGUGGCUGCCCAGAGUCUCUGACCUACCCAGACUGGAGCAGAUCCUGCAGUACCAGAGCCAGCUGUCAUACCAGAACAAGGUUGUGCCAUCUGUGGCUGUGCUGUUUGUGUAUGUGGAGCGUGCCCAUGGUCUGCCGUUGAAGAAGAGCGGAAAGGAGCCUAAAGUUGGAGCCGACAUUAACCUCAAAGGUGUUUCUCACAGAACCAAGGUUUGUGAGCGCUCCACAUCACCUCGAUGGGACGAAGCCUUCCACUUUUUGGUUCGUGACCCAAGAGAUGAAACCCUCACGGUGAAGCUCUCACACAGCUGGGGUCAGGUCCUGGGGUCCCUGACUCUUCCUCUCAGAGAGUUGCUGGUUGAGCAGGGCUUGGUGCUAGAUCGCUGGCUUAAUCUGGAUGGAGCACUGCCAGAAAGUCAGAUACUACUGAGAGUAACACUCAAGAUCUUGGACACUCAGCAGGCAGUAUGUCGUAGGCCUCCGGGGGAAGCAGGUAGCGAGCCUGUUGUUGGUGAAUUCAUUCCCAGAUGGGUCCCUUCCCAUCUAGACAUCAAACAGAGAAGUGGUUUCACCAUAUCUUCUGAUAACCCAAGCUCAACAGGACAGGUGAAGCUAACCAUUGGCUACUCAAUGGAAGAGGGCAGGCUUUUCAUCACUGUGCAUGGCUGCAGAGCCCUUGCUGCCUGCUCCAAAGACGGUGCAGACCCGUAUAUUACCUUCAUACUGCUGCCUGACAAGAAGGCAACGACCAAGAGGAGAACUGCCACCAAGAAGAGAGACCUCAACCCAGAAUUCAAUGAGCGGUUUGACUUUGAUUUCUCUCUGGAGGAGUCCAUUCAAAGGAGACUGGACCUGUCUGUGAAGAACAGCGUCUCCUUUAUGAGCAGAGAGAGGGAGCUCAUAGGCAAGUUGCAGCUGGACCUGGACCAAAUUGACCUCAAGGCUGGUGUCACACAAUGGUACGAUUUGGUGCCAGAGACCAACUAGAAGAAUCAACUGUUGGUCUUAAGUACUAUAUUACAAUAAGUGUUGCUUCUGUGAUCUGUGAUUUGUGUGUUUGUAUAUUUAGCUUAAAUUCGAAUUUCCAUCACUGAAGAAAACCAUUAUGACAUACCAGCUACACAAAAUCAGUCCAUCAGUAUUUAUGAAUAGAAACUUGACACGUAGCUAAUCAUUCGUAAUGUGUUUCUGUGCUGAUUCCUGCUGUCUCAGACAGAUCUUCAGUAGAAAAUUUUGGCUGAAUAGAUAUUUGAUAAUAAUGCAACUAUGUUGCAAAAAAUACCAAGUUUAUAAAUGUUAAAGCAUGUUGAAGUCCUCUUUGAAUUCUAUUUACAAAAGGGCUUAUGCUGUGUUUAAUAUCUCAAUGUGACAAUGUUUUAUGGAUUCAUAUCAUCCAACACCUGAAAAAGAUUGUUAUUAAUUUUAUUUUUACAAUCUUCAAAUUAUUCCAGAUAUUGCUUUUUUAAAUAUAUGUUUAUAAUAUUGCCUUAAGUAUUACAAAACUGUGCACAGAUUGUCAGUGUUUUUGAAUUAUGUUCCAAAUGAAGUUUUAUAUGUUUUAACCAGAGCUCUCUUAAAGUUGCUUUUAUAAAUCAAAGUAUUAUAAACCUAGACCCUCACAUUACAUCUGAAAACAGAGGUAUGACACUGUAAGCAGAGUCUGAAUCACUGUGCUUUUAUGAAGAGAUAACUUUGUAUAUACUGAAAACACAUUACUGGUGUUGUUAUGCACAUUUUUGCCUGUAUUUGUAUGUGUUUGUAGCGCGAAAUGCAAGAGGCUGAACCUAUCAGCUAAAUUUAUUUUUCAAGCAAAAUAGUCAGGGCCUUAUGAGAAGCAAGUUAAUAGUGUAUACCAACGGUGAGACAGGUUCAGGUUGUACCAGCACAGUUGCCUUACUACAAAUGGUUUUACACUAAUUUGUCGUAGAGGAAAGAUAAUGGUGUUUAGGUGUUGAAAGUGAAGAUGAAAACUGCUGAGCUUUAACAUUCUUUAAACAUAUCAUCACUUAUCGGCUGAAGUUGCUCAUUAAAGUUUGCACUCUCAUGAAUCAAA